UCAGGAAAUAAGUGGGCAAUGGAGUUUAAAAAGUUUUUUCAAUAGUUACCAUGUAUCUACAAGAGAAUAAUGUGCGAUCAGCUUGAAAAAGAUACAUUUAUUUCAUUUCUGUAUAUAAAGCUACCUAUAACAACUGAAUUCCUAGGCUAGGCUUGUCGGUUUAAAAAGGCCUACCUAGGCCUACACGGUCAUCUGCACUGUCUGUACUCGUCUCCAGGCAGAAGAGCACGUUUUUGCCGGUAGACAACAGUGUUAUUACCAUGAUCACUGUUGACCAGGCUAGGACUAGCGUUGGAUAUUUGACUAUAAAUUCUACCACAAAACUAUCCAGUCAACCAUUUAGUAUACAAAUGCCGGGUGCUGAGGACGGUAACAUAGGUGAAGGAUGUGAACUGACGGGACGUUUCAGCUGGUUUGUCCAGUUUGUAUUAGCAAUGGUUGCAUUUUUUACUUUAAUGAUAAAGAGACUGCGUGAACCAGUGGAUGAACGACGACCAUGGAAAAUAUGGUUUUUCGACACAUCUAAACAAGCCUUUGGCGCUGGUAUGGUCCAUCUUGCUAACAUAUUCCUUGCCGAUUUUAAGUUCUUCAACAUGGGAGGUGAUCCCUGUACAUUGUAUUUGGUAAACUUUCUUCUGGAUUCAAGCCUUGGUUUGAUUUUUAUAUACAUCCUGGUGAAGCUCUCGCAGUGCAUAAUUAAGUGGAGAGGCUAUAAGACGUUACUUUCUGGAGAGUAUGGGGAUCCCCCUAAAUUAGAGGCCUGGAUUGGUCAGUGCGCCCUCUAUCUGCUGAUAUUGCUAAUUUCAAAGAUUCUUAUUAUUCUUGUGAUUCUUCUUGAAAUCUGGGAUAAGAUGCAUAGUUUAUUUAACCAUAAAUAUUUACUCAGUGGAGGCAUAAGAAUCGUGCUGCAUGUCCUCAUUAUUCCAUUCAUUGUUAAUGGUAUCAUGUUUUGGAUUGUUGAUAACAUUCUUAUGAAGCACAAACGAAAUAAAAAGAAGAAACGAGGACUACCAAUGUACGAUGUUGUUAAGUACCACAAGGGCAACAGCGAUUCAGAAUCAGACGUUCUAUUGACCGAUCGUGAAGACAAUGAUAGAGUAUCAAGUAGUGACGAGAAAAUAGUUAGCGAACAACUUCUGCACAGAAGCGUUUGACCACACACAAAACUGAUGUAGGAUUAGUUGACCAUUAUAUUUCUUCCCUAGCUGUACUCAUCCUAGUUGGUAUACAAUUUCUGUAAAAUCAGAUUUCGAAAAGUGUCUGCUUAAGUCCUGAAUCUUGUUUUAAUGUAGGUAUGAAAGAAAUUAUAUACGUUAUCUAAUAUUUACAGAAAUGGCUGUCUCUUGCAGGGUUAAGUUCGUAGAAUGAUGAUUCAUGUUGUCUCACCGAGGCUUGUGCACUGAUUUCUGACACUCACGGGUUGAUGUCAGUGCUUGGGGGUUCAUGGUGUAGUCUCACCAAGGGUCAUGCCUAGGUCUCUGACAUUUACAGGCUAACGUUAAUGCUCGGGGUUCAUGUUGUAGUCUUUCCAAGGGUCAGGCUUAGGUCUCUGACACUCACAGGCUGAUGUGAGUUCUUGCAGGUUCAUGAAGUAGUCUCCCACAGGUGUAGUGUGUAGGCUCAUGUAAUAACUUUGGGCAGAAGUACAUUACUAAUUUUCAGAGUACAUUCUUGCCAUCUGGUAUCGUAUCGUAAAUGUAAAUGAGGCUACAUCGCAUCCUAGACAACCAAAGAUGAAAAGAUCAGCAUGUUUAUAUUUUAAUCAUUUAGAGAAGAAUGAAUGUGAGCUUAAAAUUAUUUUUUAAUGAUACUAAAACAAUGAGAUUUUUCUAGUUUUUAAAAGUUCAUUGAUAAUUAUAACAGGAUAUAGGAAAUAUGAAAUAUAUAGAUUGCCAAAACCAGUGCAACAAUCAAUUGAAAUAUUAUUUUGAUAUAACAAAGAUUAUUACGAUAUUUAGUUCUUAUAUUUGGAUGCUUAAUCAAUUAUAAAUCACAAUCAACAAUUUUAUAUUAUCACAGAACUUUAAGAAUAUUUUUCUGGUCAUGGCACAUCAGAUAUCUAUGCGUCCUCCCAAACCUAGAGCAUAUUCUGAAUUGUGCACCGACAGUAAUAAAGGAACAACGAUAGUCUUGCUCAGGGACACAUGUAAAAAAUAGACUUAAACAUGCAUAGUAAACCUUCUGCUUAAAACCCUUUGUUAAGAGUAUGUUACUAUAGAAUUCUAGGUUGUAAUUAAGCAUUCGUACAAUUUUAUCAAGCAAACUGUGUGGGUUGAGUUGAUUGCAGUGGCGUAACAGCCAUGAGGUCUCACUGUCUCAAGCUAGUGUGACCAAUGCACCAGGAUAAUCAUCGGUAUUUUCUAUUUUGCCCAAAUUCUGCCAAGCACCAUUAUUAUGGAACAUAAGAUGCAAAAUACAUCAAAAGACACACUUAAAAUGUCAAAGACUUCAAAGGGCCCCAGGGUAGGGCCUGUUAAAGCCUCAACCAGGGGCCCAGGUCUCUUGUUUAUGCCACUUGGGGAGUUAUGGAUGAUUUGCAAUGAGCCCUGAUUUGCAUUGUCACUGUGCUAAGCAAUACAGUAGUUGUUAUAAAAUUAUGUUAUAUUUAUUAUUACUACUGGUAUAUAAUACCAUUUCUCUUUUAUAUACUGUAAGUUUAAAUUAGUUAUGUAAUGCAUGCUGCAGUUAGAGUUUAUCAUGAUUUAUAAUUUAAGAUAUUAAAUAAUGUGACAACAUUUGCAAACAUUAACAGUAAGUGUGUAAGAUAUGUACACAGAUGCAAUUGAUAAUCUAAUAGCAGUUAAAUUUAGAAAGUAAAUAUCAUAAAUUAGAAAUUUUGAAUGGAAAAACAGGGAUGUACGGAAAUAACGUCCAGUGAUAAUGACAUUUUCUUCUGUAAUAAAUAGGUUGUUGUGUCGUCGUGUGGGUUUGUCAUAUACAAGAUUCAACCAACUCUCAUCACAUUUCACAGUUGUGUAUGAACAAUACUAUUUAUCAUCAAUUUGAAUUGUGGACAGUGGUGCUAAAAAUGUCUUUUUAGCAGAUUUAUUUGUUAUGUAUUUGUUUUCCCACCACUUAAUUUAUCAUAUUUUGUCACAAAGUGAUAUUAUGUAUUUGUGUGCAAUUUUCAGUUGAUAUCAGUUUAGAAUUUUAAACAAUGCUAUACUGGAUAGCAUAUAAUUAGAUAAUUUUACAGAAAUGAGUAUUUAAGACAAGAAUUUUUUAGCCAACCCGCAGCCUGUCAAUAAUGAUGAUUUUGAAUAAAAAUAAAAUUUAGUUUUUAACGAGUUAGCGCACCCGCUGCCACGAAAAAAUGGAAAUUUCAGAAAAAAAAUUAAAGUUUUUCUUUAUUUUUAUUUAGGCUGCUGCCUUUAAACAAAGAAAUGUAUAUACAGCAGGAACGGUUUAGUUGCAAGGCACUUUAUUUGCACUGCUUCUCUCCACCCAGGAGUAUAAGUGGGUACCAGGUUGGGUUAAAUGCCAAAAUGCACUGAUGCAGCUGCUGCAACAUUAUGGAAUAUUCCCCUAAGGAGCUUGAGUUUGUGUUCCAUAGAUGUUUAAUCCAACCACCGGGGUAAUGAAAGUGUGAAGUGCAUAGAGGUCUUAACAAUAUCUCUAUCAUUAUUUUUAUUAUUAUUAAUAAAGCAAUAAAUUUAUCAAUUUGAAAGAAACACUUCAUUUAAAUAUUUUCAAUCCAUAAACCAAAUAAAACUAUUCAAACAUAAAUAAAAGUGAUCAAAGAAUUUGAUGGAUUGUGCUAUUAAUAAAGUCAUGGAUAUAAAAAAUAUAAAUAUUAGAAAUUAAUAUAAUAUUUAUUUUUUUAAAUUAAUUAAUAUUUUUUACCUCCAUGAUAAAAUAAAUGGUACUCCAAAGAUUUCCAAAGUGUAAUAACAGCACUUUAUAUGAAUUAGCAGUUUUGUUACUAAUAAUUAUGUUCCCAAAAUGUGCAGAUAUUCAAAUAUUUAAUAGGACUAAUAAUGGUUACAGGUUAGGUAAAACCAAUGUAUGCAUAUGUAAAUUUAGCUUUUUAAUCAUGUUUUAAUUAUUUUAAUUUGUGUACAUUGUGUUAUAAUUUGUAUUUAAAUAUUUCAAUAUAAAAAUUGUAGUUUUUAAAAGAUAUGCUAUUCUCCAUCAUUCUAAAGCUUUGUCCAAGUUAUCAAAUUUACUUUGACAAAAAAUUGUUGUAUGCCCAUAUAUAGUCAUGAUGUGCUUAUAUAUGUUCAUGAUGUGAUGUCAUCAUGACCAUAUUUAGGCAUAUCAGGACUUAAACUACAUAAAACUAUGACAAUGCUGAUUUAGUAGAAUUUACCAGCCAAAACAGAUGAAAUCUACAAAAUUUAUUGAAAUAAAAUUUAGUCAACUGUUCAUAUCAAGAAAAAACAAAAUCUGAUGAAUGAAUAUUUUUAUGAUAUUGCUAAGUCUUUCCAAAUCUCUGUUUCUGCACCCAAGUUUUUUUUGCAUUGAUUGUAAGUUGAACAUGCCUGAGUCAAAUCCAAAAUGCCAUUGAAAAGUUAUUCGACUUAGAUAAAAUUUGAUUUACAGAUUGUUAAUUAAUGGAAAACACAACAAUUUUGGCAUGUAAAAUAAGUUCAACUUAGAAAUUAUUCAAGUUAUCAAAUGAUUUUGAAAAAAAAAAUUGAUAAGAAAUUAUUCAAGUUAUCAAAUGAUUUUAGAUAAAAAAAAUUGAUAGAGUGGACAGAUCUUUACAGUAAGAAUUGUUUGAUCAGAUUUUUCUGAUCAGACAAAACAUAUUUUAUAUGAUUUAAACUUGGGAACUCACUGUGUCAUACGACCGUCGGCCAACGAAUCCAACAUCGCUGAUUGUCGGUGACUCUCUGAAUGCAUGUGCGUCCAUAGAAUUUCAUAUGCUGAUGACCAUUGGGCGUGAUGUGUACCCGGCUGAAGAUUGAGUAUUUUGAUAUUUUACCAUAUUGUCUGACCAAGCUACUAGGUUUCAUGUCCUUACUGCUGUCUCUUUCCAAUUAUCACAGACAUAAAGUUUCUGUAAAUGAUGAAGCUUUGAAAUAUGUAUUUUUUUAAACAAGAAGCAAAUAUAAAGGCCAAACUCUUGAUCAGAAUUAAUUAAAAAGUAUUGGUAAAUGGCCAACAUUAGUGGUAUUGUACAGCAGGUAGGGAAAAAAUAUUUUCAAACAAAAUUCAGGGUACAUUGAAUGAUUGUGAUAGAAGAACAGUAUAUUUGUCUCCUUAUGGAAUACUGUAUAAAGGGAUACUAUUUUUAACCAGUCUAGCGCCAUCUAGCACUGUUUAGUGAUGAUAGUACAGUAUGAUGAAAUGGCAAUCGUAUAGGUAGCAUUUUAAAUGAUUGUUGUCAAGAUAAGAAUCUGGUGAUAAAAUAUAAAGCCUUAAGUGUUUACUAUCUUAUAUAUGAUACAAGAAUGUGAAUAAAAGGUAUUUUAUUUUUUCAAUGCAUAA